AACUGAAUUCCUAAAAAAAAUGUUGGUGGUGCAAAUCUGACCUAUGAUAAUACCUUGAAAGAGUAUGAAUAUUUCAGCAAACUGCCUCUUCAGUAGUUCCUCAUUAGCAUCUGAAGUGCAUGCUGCUGCUGUCAAUGGAGAUAAGAGUACCCUCCAAAAGCUAAUAGCAGGAAACUCUGAGCUGAAAGAUAAAGAGGACCAGUUUGGAAGAACUCCACUUAUGUACUGUGUAUUGGCAGACAGGCUGGACUGUGCAGAGGCAUUGCUGAAGGCUGGAGCCGAUGUUAAUAGAGCUGAUCGUAGCCGAAGAACUGCUCUCCAUCUUGCUGCACAAAAGGGAAAUUACCGCUUCAUGAAACUUUUACUGGCUCGUAGAGGGAACUGGAUGCAGAAGGACUUAGAGGAUAUGACACCAUUACAUUUAACAACACGUCACAAAAGCCCAAAAUGUUUAGCUUUGUUGCUAAAACAUAUGGCACCUGGAGAAGUGGAUACCCAGGACAGAAACAAGCAAACUGCAUUGCAUUGGAGUGCCUACUACAAUAACCCAGAGCAUGUGAAACUUCUCAUAAAACAUGAUUCAAAUAUUGGAAUCCCUGAUAUUGAAGGAAAAAUCCCACUUCACUGGGCAGCUAACAACAAGGAUCCUAGUGCAAUUCAUACAGUGAAAUGUAUUCUGGAAGCUGCACCUACAGAAUCUCUGCUUAACUGGCAAGACUAUGAAGGACGAACUCCCCUUCAUUUUGCUGUUGCUGAUGGGAAUGUAGCAGUUGUUGAUGUCCUGACCUCCUACGAAGGCUGCAAUGUGACAUCUUAUGACAACUUGUUUCGAACUCCCCUUCACUGGGCAGCCUUACUUGGUCAUGCACAGAUUGUCCAUCUCUUAUUAGAAAGAAAUAAGUUUGGAACUAUCCCAUCUGAUAGUCAAGGUGCAACACCCCUACAUUAUGCAGCGCAGAGCAACUUUGCUGAAACAGUUGAAGUAUUUUUGAAACAUCCUUCCGUAAAGGAUGACUCAGAUCUUGAGGGAAGAACAUCCUUCAUGUGGGCAGCUGGCAAAGGCAGUGAUGAUGUCAUUAGGACUAUGCUGACUUUAAAAUUGGAUAUCGAUAUCAAUAUGACAGACAAAUAUGCUGGCACAGCGUUACAUGCUGCUGCCCUUUCUGGCCAUGUCAGCACAGUGAAAUUGCUGCUGGAACACAAUGCACAGGUAGAUGCUUUGGAUGUCAUGAAACAUACCCCGCUUUUCCGAGCCUGCGAGAUGGGACACAAAGAAGUGAUACAGACGCUUAUUAAAGGAGGAGCAAGAGUAGAUUUGGUUGACCAAGAUGGCCAUUCACCCCUUCACUGGGCAGCCCUGGGAGGAAAUGCUGACGUGUGCCAAAUCUUGAUAGAAAAUAAAAUCAACCCUAAUGUACAGGAUUAUGCAGGUAGAACACCUUUGCAGUGUGCUGCUUAUGGAGGUUACAUUAACUGCAUGGUAGUGUUACUGGAAAACAAUGCAGAUCCAAAUAUUCAGGAUAAAGAGGGAAGAACUGCUUUGCACUGGCUCUGUAACAAUGGCUACCUUGAUGCUAUAAAGUUGCUGCUUGGUUUUGAUGCUUUCCCUAAUCAUAUGGAGAACAGUGAGGAGAGAUAUACUCCACUUGAUUAUGCCUUGCUUGGUGAACACCAUGAAGUGAUUCAGUUCAUGCUAGAACAUGGGGCUCUGUCUAUAGCGGCCAUACAGGACAUCGCUGCUUUCAAAAUUCAGGCUGUCUACAAAGGAUACAAAGUUAGAAAGGCUUUUCAAGAGAGGAAGAAUCUUCUAAUGAAACAUGAACAGUUGAGAAAAGAUGCUGCUGCCAAGAAACGUGAAGAGGAAAGUAAGAGAAAAGAAGCUAAGCUACAGAAAGGGAUGCAGAACGUGGAACAAAAUAGGUUUCGAGUACAACAGAAUCCUGCAAAUCGAGAGAAGACUACCAGCAUCUCACAGUUACCUAAUAAACCAAUCGAUACACAGAAUAAGAGACCUCUGUCCCUCAAUGCUUCACAAAUUCAACCAGGGAGAAACAGCAGAGGUUCACCUAAAGCUUGUCACAACAAAGGGACGCCAAAGGAGAGUUGCCUGUCAGCAGAGCCUCAGAGUGAAGGUCAUAAAAUCAGGCAAGAUUCAUUGAGGAAACGCAUCAAAAGCAAGUCAAGUUGUGUCCAUUUCCAUUGUGGUAAAGCAAAAGAGGGAACAAAAGUUGAAGUGAAACAUCAGGUUGCAGCUGCUACAGAACUGGAUGGAGAAAAGCACAAGGAGCACACUGUCGAGGCAACGGGUACUUGUGCUCGGAGGAGCAGAAGGCGUACUACUUCUGCUUGUAGGACUGCUAGUGUUGGAGAAAAAUUAAGAGAUCAAAGUCAGUCUUCAUCUGGCAACAGGGACCAUUGUGAAGGAACGGCUGUGUUCUUCUGCAAUGUCAGUUGUACUGGUGGAAUUGCGAGAAACUCAAAGCAGUGUGAAGCUGCUUCCAAAGGCAAAAGGCAUCAGCAGAAAUCCAGAAAUAAAGAGGUAAAUGAUGAGCGAUGUUCACCAGCUGGCUCUAGUAGACCAGGAAGUGCCAAAACGGUAUUUGUAAACGCCAGAAAUGACAGUGUGCAUGCUGUAGAACAAACUAACAAAGUGGGAGAUAAUGAAUUAGCAAAAAAGGCCUCCCCUUUAUUGUCUGCUGAGGCAGAACCUACCGGAACUGUGCCAAGAAACCCAGCAGCGUGUUCUGCUCCUGAUGACAGCUUGAACUUGGAAAAAACAGGCGUAAUUGGAUCCAGGAAUGCAGAUGAUCAGUUAUGUUCUGUCGCAUGGCAAAGUACAAAUAUUGAACUAAUUCCUUUAGAGAUUCGAAUGCAGAUAAUAGAAAAAGAAAGAAAAAGAAAAGAGCUGUUUCGGAAGAAGAACUAUGCUGCUACGGUCAUACAGAGGACAUGGAGAAGUUACCAGCUAAGACAGGAGUUGUUUCAGCUUCUUAGUGCUAAGCGGCAGUGCAAAGAAGAUGAAGACAAAUGGAGACAAGAGGCAGCUGCCUUCUUCAUUCAGGUUGCUUGGAAGAAACAGCUGAACCAUAGCCCUCUGAAAUCAGUUCCUUCAUGUAAAAAUCUGAAAUCUAUAAACAAAACCAGCUCAGCCAUAAAAACCAGCAAGCAGUCCAUCCUUAAGCAGAUCUAUGGACGUUCUCAGGAAGGCAAAGUGCAUCAGCCAACAAGACCUCCUUCUAAGCUGAAACUUUCUGAUGUGCAGCUGGUCUCAGUAAACAACCUACAGUGUGUUAAUUUGCUGGAGAACAUGGGAAAAUCAAAGCAAUUUUCAUACAACAUGAGACCAACCACUGCUGCAAAAUCAAAAAAUACAGGACUCAAGCACUAA